AUGGGAGAAUACAUCGAGACACAACGAGUUGCCUUAACCUCGGACAAGGCCGAGACCCCAUACUUGACGCAUCGGGUCAGGAGAAUACCACGAUCAGCUCCUCUGUCCGAAUUCAUCGAGGCCGUGGAACAAGACGGCUGCGUGAUCAUCAGCGACUUCACCGACAAAGCGACAGUAGACCAGGCAAAUCAGGAGGUCCAACCCUGGUUAGAGAAGCAAGACAGCGGAGCAAAAGUCGGCGCCCUCGGCGGCAAGACCAGAACGGUGACCAGACUCGUGGGCCGAAGCCGCACGGUUCGAGAAAAGUUCUUCUCCGACCCGAUCUACCAAGGACUCUGCGAACACUUCCUGGCCCUCGAGACCACACAUUGGUACGGGCCCAACCCUCUAACGACGACCAGUCAUCCCCUGCUCUCCAUCUCCAUCACCUUCGACAUCCCCCCUGGGACGCCAGCCCAAGGUCUGCACCGCGACGACAAGAACCACCACGCCCGUCACAGCAGAGCCGACAAGUACGACAAGAACCGGGAUAUGCUAUUGGGCCUGUUCGUCCCCGGCUGCAACACCUCGAAAGCCAACGGCGCCACGCGCAUUGCGCCCGGCAGUCAUCUCUGGGGCGACGACCAGCCGGACUUUGGGCCGACCGGAGACCGGGGCGUUCUCGAUGCCGAGAUGAAGGUGGGCGAGGCAUUCGUCAUGCUGGGCAGUCUGUACCAUGGUGGCGGAGCAUACGAAAAGCCCUUGGACAACGGUGGCCCGGAGACCAGGACAGUGCAUGCCAUGUUCUCGUGCACGGGGGUGCAUCGGCAGGAAGAGAUUUCUUUCUUGUCCUAUCCCGUUGAUGAGGUCAAGACAUGGUCACCGCUCGUGCAGGCCCGGCUGGGCUGGAAGCAGAGCGAGCCGAAUCUGGGCUGGGUAGACCUCAAGAGUCCGGAGUUUCUUCUUCAAUAG